GGUUUUAGUAAAUAGUCCAUAACCGUUAGCAUAAGUGAAAUUCAUUUUUGUGUCAAGCACCGCAAUAAUAAAAUGUUCACAUGAUAUAAUAGAUAAUUGAAUAUUUUUAUAUUGUACUAAGGUAUAACAAAAUGGUUUAAUGUUUGGUAAAGACAAACAAAAUGGUUAUUGCGGGUAGAAUUAAUUUCCUUUAGCGUAAGUUGAAUUUAUUACCGCACGAAACAUAUAGUAUACUAACUUAGUAGUUUUAAUAAGUAGUGGCAUUACAUGUAAUUAAUCUAGGUAAAGAAGGGCUAUUAAUUAUUGGAUGUGAGAGAGAUUCUUAUGAUGACACUAAGGGUCCAACUGGUGACACCAAUUGAGGAAAAAAAUUGCAGGGAAUACUAUGUUCCUCUCAGUUCCCGUCUUUUGUUACCAGUUAAAGGGAAAUUUUAUUACUUGUAGGAAUUAGAAAUUCCCCCACGUUCCUUUUCUUAUGAGGAAUAUAGUGUAAAUAUAUUCCAUGUCAAAUUAGAUAAGGAAUCAAAAGGAAAACUAUAAAAAUGGUAAAAAAUAUAUAUUAAUAUGUUAAUGUACCAAAUAAAUUUAUAGAAAACUGACAUUUUAAACCAACUUCUCAAUGUACGUAGGUUUGUCUUCUUCUAUAUAACACUAGUUCAUCAAGCUUUUUCUUCAUAUAACCCUAAUACAUCUAGAAACAAGAGAAGCAGGUAAACUAUACUUUUAAGAUUAUUUAUUUUGUGUAUAAGAAAAAACACACGCACUGAUCAGUGUUGGUUAAUAAUAAAACUUGUUUCAUGUUUUAUAUUAUAGCUAUCAUGUCAACUCCAAGAAAUCAAAACGGAGCACGUCGUGGACGUAAGUCAAACAAUGAGGCAAGAACCACAAUCGAUGGUGAAACCACUCGUGAAGGCCAGGUAAUUAUGUUAUAUAAUUUUUUCUGCAGUAAUGAGCUGUAUAAAUGAGAUAUUUUAAGUUAACAACUAGAAAUAUGUACUUUAGUAUCUGUGGAAAGACAAAAAUUGUCAAGUUAUGCUUGAACUUGUCAUUGCGGAGUUAAGAGCAGGAGACUACCGUAGUAGAAUGCCCGAUGCUGCUGCUAAGAAAAGAAUUGAGAACAAAUACUUUGAGUUGGUGGGAGAAAAGAUUUGUUGGGAUCCAGAAAUAACUAACAAAAUUGGUUACCUGCGUAAACUAUGGAGUAUCAAUGGUCAACUGAUGAAACGCACUGGAGUUGCAGUUGAUCAAUCUACUGGACAGAUAGAUAUGAUGCAAACUUGGUGGGCUGAUCGGAUUGCAGUAAGUCUUUAUGCAUAUACAAUUAACUAUGUUCUUAUUAAAAAUCUAGUAACCUACAUUUUUAUGGUUAUCUCUGUAGGAAUAUGGAAAUAAAGGAAAAUUUGUUAGCGUGUUGCAAAAAAAACCGUUGCCGUUCAAAGAUUUGCUAGACCAAAUUUUUGGUGAACAUGAUGUUGAGCAAGAUGAACGUUAUUCUCCGCAUAUGCUUGGCCAACAUAUCCAGCAGAUUCAGCCUUCUUUGCCUAGCAAUGAUGACACGGUAUUUGACCAAAUGCAAGAAGAUCAAAGUGUUGAACAAAUUGCAGAUGCGACUAACGAUCAAGGAUCCCAACCGCCAACUCGAAGAACAUCAGCCCGUCGCCCUCCAAGAAGAAGAAGUAGUUUUGAAACACAGGUUGAGAGUGGAUUUCAACGUGUAAUAGAUACUCGGCAAGAUAUUUUGGAAGAAUUACGGUCACGAAAAGUUCAAAAGCUAUCAUAUGGUGAUGCGACGGCUGUUCUAGAAAAACUACCAAUUGAACAACUUGGAGUGUUUUGGUGGGCAGCAAAUAAGCUGUUGAAGAAUGAAGUAGAUGUCCGUGAAGCAUUUAUAAAAAUGGAGAGUCAAGAUAUUAAGAUCAGAUAUUUGGAGAGUUUAGUUGGCAUAGAUAGAUACGGCAAUCCAUGCACUCAUGUUGAUCUGCUAAUGACAAGUCAGAACCUCUUUCAGAAUGUUGGAAUGACUGGAACUAGUUCAAUGGGAACUGAAACUGUUAGAACUGAUUUCAUGGGCUUACUUGGGAUGCACUCUUCUGAGUUAGAAGAAUCAACAAAAAAUGCAGCACGUGUAGUCCAUAUACAUGAUGAUGGAAGUGAUGCUGAAAAGCUUGUUUAAGUUUUCUGAGAUUUAUAUUUUGGUGUUUGAUAUUUAUAUGGAUUUUAUUUAUUUUUAUUUAUAAAAGCAUGAAGUUUUUCUAAGGAUUAUAUCAAUAAUAAGUUUUAUAAAUAUAUAUGCAGGAUCUUCGUAUUAUAUAUUUACUUUCUCGUGGAACUGAAAAUCUAGAAGAAGAUGAGUUAGUGGAGCUUAUGUUAUUGGAAGAAGAAGAAUUUAUGCAAAGGUACAUGCAUCCUAUAUUAGAGUAUUACAAAAACAACUUUUGCAAGAAUCCAAUGAACAACGUGUGGGGAAAUGGUUGGAAAAUAAUACGGGAACAAAUCUACAGCAAUGAAAUCUCGUGCCGUACUCUUAUUCGUAUGAGCUCAGAAGCGUUUAUCCGUUUAUGUGAAGUCCUUGAGAAAAAGUAUGGGUUACAAGAGUCGCUUAAUAUUAAAGUCGAUGAGAGUGUUGCAAUUUUUCUUGUUCUCUGUGGUCAAAAUGACACUCAACAUGACAUCGGUUUAAGAUUCGGUCAUGCCCAGGAGACUAUAGGUAGAAAGUUUCAUCAUGUUCUGGGGGCAAUGGUAAAAUUGGCAGUUGACUACUUACGGCCAAGAACUGCUUCUGAGUUUGAAGCAAUAUCUAAUAGUUUACAAGGAGAUAAACGAUAUUGGCCAUAUUUUAAUGGAUCUAUCGGGGCUCUUGAUGGAACACAUGUACCCGUAAUGGUGACUCCAGGUCGUGAUGCAUUACGAUUUGUUAACCGGAAAGGAACGGCAAGUCUAAAUGUUCUAGGAGUAUGUGAUCACGAUAUGCUUUUUACAUAUUGUUUCGUUGGAAUGGCAGGAUCAACACAUGACUCUAGAGUGCUAGAUACCGCUAUGCGCGAUGAUCCGUUGUUUCCUAAACCUCCUGGAGAAAAAUAUUAUCUCGUAGAUUCUGGUUAUGCAAAUAGACGUGGUUAUUUAGCUCCAUACCGAAAAGAAAGAAAAGAAGGUACUCGAUAUCAUCUUCAAGACUUUAUAAAUUGCGAGCCUCCAAGAAAUAGUAAGGAAAUGUUCAAUAGAUGGCAUGCAUCAUUACGUUCAGUUAUUGAACGUACGUUUGGUGUAUGGAAGAAAAAGUGGAGGGUUUUAAAUGAAUUCCCAAGGUACGACAUCUCCACACAGAGGAACAUUAUAUUUGCAACAAUGGGGCUUCACAAUUUUAUUAGGUGGAACAAAAUUAAAGAUGUUGAUUUUGAGGAAGCGACUAUGGAGAACAGUGGUGUGCAUAUGCAUCAAAGUGAGAAUGAUUCAGAUGAUGAAAAUGAUGUACGAGGAAAUGAAGAAACAUCAACGACAGUUUAUAUGAAGAUUGUUCGAGAUCAGAUUGCUACACAACUGUGGUCAGAUAAAAGACUUGGCUCCCGUCGAGUAUAGGUCAGUAUGUGUUUUUCUCUUUAUUAUUAUAUACAAAUUCUUGGAUAUAUCUAUAUCUCUUAAAAAGCACAAUAUAUACUUUCAGUAACACAAGUUUUUGUUUUGUAGUUAUGAGCUACAUGCAUUGUGGCAAUUGAACUGGACGUGGCAACAUGAAGCGUAGACCAAAAAUCUUGCUUACAUUAUUUAUUAUUUUUAGAGUUAAUUAUCUGAUUAUUUAUUGUUUGAAAUUUUGUUCCUUGUUUUGGUUACCAUUCACUGACAAUUUGUUACAUUCCUUCUCUACAAUUUUUCCUUCUAAUUAAUUCCAUAUCAUUCCUUUAGAUUCUUUUCCCUAUGAUUCCUUUCAUUUUUAAAGUGGUCACCAGUUGGACCCUAAGCAAUGACAAUUUUGUUAAUCACACAUGGAACAAAGGUGUAUUGUUAAUAGUGCUUCCCAAAUAAUAAGAAAGGGAUCAUUGUUGUCAAAAACAAAUUAAGGAUAAUUAAUUAGUGUGUUUUACAAGAUUGAAACUUUCAUUUUUUUUACAAGUUUGAAUUAUUCAACUGAUAAUGACUAACUUGAAAUAAGUAAUAUGAAAGAAUAUAUAAGUUUAUAUUGACUUUGUGAUAGGAAAUAGACCUAUAUUUAAUUUCUUCAGCUUUCCAUAUAUACUAAACUUUUAAGAUAUAUUUUUUUUUUUUUACCAACAAUGAACAAAUCCAUGAUCCUUUAAAUUUUGAAUAACUUAUACAUAGCUUAUUUUCAUCAUACUUUUAAUGUAUAGAAAAUAAAUUUAUAAGUUUAAUAUUUGUUAAUUUAAAGUAAAAAAAAAUUUGGCCACAUACUUGAAAACCAAAUCUAUAUUUGAACAUAAGAUAUACUAAGCAUUAUUUGUAUCAUUCGAAUUUUUGUCUAGAAAAUAUGACAAAAUACCUCUAAUUUGAACUUCUGUAAAAAAAAAGUAUGGAGCUAUUUUCAAUAUAUAUAUUAUAUAUGUAUAUCAAGACUAAUUUACGUGUGAUUAAGCAUGCAACAAAUGUAAAGUUGGAUUGAUCAUUUUUACUGUAGUGGUUAAAAUAUAUAGGAUGUGAUUGGUAGUGGUUGUGGGUGAUGUCCAUAACUUCAUUACUAAAUUUACAAAAAUCAAAUUUUAAUAAAAAAUUUAAAAUCACAACUUUUGAAAUAACAUACAUGUGUAUAAGUGCUCUGUAGAGCUAAAUAUCCACAACAAUUUUUUUUAGGACUUUCCAUAAAAUUAUACAGUAAUAAAAUCUAAAGCCAAAAGAAAAGAUUUACUGAUUUUUUUUUUAUAGCAAAUUUUUUAAAACUACAGCCAUUAACAAUCGGACUCAUACUCUUUGUUUCUUAUAUAAGUUGUUUUAAAGGUUUUUUAUGAUGUAAAUUUUUCUUAAAAUCCAAUAAAAAAGUGAAUUGUGUUGAAAGCAAAAUUUUAAAUAUAAUUUUUCAUUUGUUAUCCUAUCCAUUUAAUUAAAUCGAAAAAGCAAAAAACAAAUUAUCUUUAUUAUACCUUAUUCAAAGAGUAAUUAUACUGUUUUGACGGUUAUUAUUCAAAAAGUUAUAAUAAUUAGCGAAAUGUUGUAAAAAAACUUGUGAUAUCUUAUAUAUUAAAACAGAAGUCACAACCUUGAUUCAUGUGUGAUUUUUUUAAAAAUGGACCUAAAGGACAUAUUAU